UCUGUCGGUGUGUGUUUGUAGUCGGACUGACUUCCUGGCAGCUCCUCCAUGUGUUUUCUCUCCGUCGUGCCCGUCGGUCUCCAGCAGAGUUGUUUGUUAGAGCUGUUUAACGGUCACCGGUUAACGGCUACCGGACAUGGCAGACGGCGGCAGCUCGUUGUUCUCCGGUUUCCGGGUUCUGGGUCUGUAUUCUAACCACGUCCCGCACGCACUCCGGUACCACCUGAAGCACCGGGAGUUCUACGUGGUGACGGCGGCGGGAAGGAGCUUCCACACCUUCAACGUGAACCGGCUGGGGAUCGUUGCUGUCAGUAACUGCAUGUCCAGUGACAUCACCUGCUUGGCGGCUGACAGGAUGUUGGUGUUCGCUGCCAGCGGACCCCUCGUCAGCGCCUUCGCCAGGAACAAAGAGGUGGUCAUGCGUUACCAUGGUCACCAACAGGAUAUACGCCUGCUGCUGCCUCUGGGUGAUCAGUUGAUCUCUGCUGACAGCGGUGGUGAUGUCAUCGUGUGGGAUGUCCAGGGAGGAGAUGUCUACCUGCGGCUGCACUUCGACCCCAACACCUUUGACGUGUCGGCCAUGAUGCACCCCAGCACCUACCUGAACAAGGUGCUGCUGGGCAGCUCCCAGGGUGCACUGCAGCUCUGGAACAUCAAGACCAGUAAGCUGCUGUUCACCUUCAAAGGCUGGUCAGCUGGAGUCACCGCUCUGCAGCAGAGUCCUGCGGUGGACGUAGUCGGUAUCGGCACGGCAACCGGCCGCAUCAUUAUCCAUAACAUCCGACUGGACGAGACGCUGAUGAACUUCAUGCAGGACUGGGGACCAAUCACAUCGCUGGCUUUCAGAACAGACGGUCCUCCUGUCGUGGCGUCCGGCAGCCCUCAGGGCCACAUUGCAUUCUGGGAUUUGGAGCGUCGUCAGCUGGUUUCUCAACAGAGACACGCCCACAGAACAGCCGUUGCUGCGGCAACAUUCCUGCAGGGAGAGCCACUAUUGGUCACCAACGGAGCUGACAACGCCAUCAAGGUGUGGAUAUUUGACCAGGAAGGGGGCGGAGCCAGACUGCUGCGGAGUCGUCAGGGCCACAGUGCCCCGCCUACUUCCAUCCAUCACCACGGUAAUGAUGGAAAAAAUAUCCUCAGUGCAGGUCAGGACGGGACGCUGCAGUCAUUCUCCACCGUCCAUGAACGUUUCAACAAGAACCUGGGUCACGGCUCCGUCAGCAGGAGGAAGGAGAAGAAGAAGAAGAAAGGUCUGACCUAUGAGGAGCUGCGUCUGCCUGCCAUCACCUCCUUCUCCUCCGCUGUCACUCGUCAGUCGGACUGGGACGGCAUCGUUGCAUGUCAUAGGGGUCGCCAAGCAGCCACCACAUGGAAUUACCAGCGGUGCACCAUGGGAGCUCAUCACCUGCAGCCCCCAGGAGGCCGGAGGGACUCCAUCGCCACGGCCGUUGACAUCACUUCCUGUGGAAACUUUGCAGUGGUUGGCUCGUCCUGCGGCCGCGUCGACGUCUACAAUCUGCAGUCUGGUCUGCACCGCGGUUGCUACGGAGACGAGGAGAAAGCACACAGUGGCGUGGUGCGAGGCGUCGCCACGGAUACCCUCAACCAGCUGACCCUCACAGCUGGCUCUGAUUGGCUGCUGAAGUUCUGGCGCUUCAAAAUGAAGAAACAGGAAGAACAGCUGAAGCUAAGCUCUGCGCCAGCCAGCAUGAUGCUGCAUAGAGACAGCGGGAUGCUAGCAUUAGCGUUGGAUAACUUCACUGUGGUGGUUGUCGACAUAGAAACCAGAAGAGUCGUCAGAAAGUUUGCUGGUCAUCAUGGCAGCAUCAACGACAUGACUUUCAGUCCUGAUGGCCGCUGGCUGGUUACCGUGGCGAUGGACUGCACCAUCCGUACCUGGGACCUCCCCUCUGGAUGUCUUGUUGACUGUUUCCUGGUUGCCAUGGCGCCAGUGGGUGUGUCCUUGUCGCCGACCGGAGACUUCCUGGCGACGGCUCACAUCGACAGUCUGGGUGUUUACCUCUGGACCAAUAAGAGUCUGUGUGGGCCUGUGGGGCUCCGCCCCCUCCCAGCCGACUACCAACCACCUGUGGAGACGCUGCCGGGUGUUGUGCCCGUCGAGCCAGAGCAGGAAGUGACAUCAGAGGAGGCUGACGAUGCGUACCAGUCAGCUGAGCAGCUGGGGGCGGAGCUUGUGACUCUGUCUCUGCUGCCGGAGUCUCGCUGGACGAGUUUGCUGCACCUGGACGCCAUCAAGAGGAGGAACAAACCUGUGGCGCCCCCUGUAGCUCCACCCACUGCGCCCUUCUUCCUGCCAACGCUUCCUGGUCUUACACCUCGAUUCUCAUUGCCGACGGCGACCGAAGGACAGUCCAAGCUGCUGGUCGGAUCGCUGCUGCAGACGUCAGAGUUCUGUUCGGUUCUGGAGGAGGCGAGUCGGUCCGGAUCCUUCGACCGUCCGCUGCGUCUCCUGAAGGAUUGUGGGCCGGCAGCGCUCUCCGUAGAACUCACCUGUCUGACAUCAGAGGGGGGCGGGGCCAAUAGCCUGCUGCUCGCCUUCAUUCACAUGAUUGACAGCAUGCUGACUAGUGGGCGGGACUUUGACCUGGCUCACGCUUACCUGGCGCUCUUCCUGAAGCUCCACCUGCGCUCUCUGUCGCAGGACGCCGUCGCCAUGGCAGCACUGCUCAGCCUCUCAGCCCGGAUGGAGGCGGUGUGGGUGGGGCUACGAGCGUCAUUUGAUCAAUCACUGUGUCUGCUGUCGUACACCAAGAGUGCACUGCUGUGACACACACACACACACACACACACACACACACACACACACACACACACACACACACACACACACACACACACACACACAGAGUUUUGUAUUUUAUUAAAGUUCUGGUCUGUGAUUGGUCUUCGUGUGUUUGUGUUUCUGAUCCAAUCGGUUUCCUCUAAAGUCUCAGAGCGUUUUUCUUAAAGGACCAGGGGGGUAUUCCAUGAAGCUGGCUUAGGUCUAAGCCUGGCUUAUUUCGGUCAGCUUCGCUAACUUUAGUGAGAGUUUAGUUCCACCAACAAGGCUUAGGGCUAGCCUGGCUUGGUAACCAUGGUAACUCAGCCAGAGCGACAAGCCUGGUCCGGGGCAGGCUAACAGUCAAGCUUACUUUAGCUCCAUGUCAGAGAAGGUUCUGACGAGCUUCAGAAAGACGCCUGUGAACCGCAUGUUACACAUUAAAUUCAUCUUGAUCUGGGGCCUGUUUCAUGAAGCAGGUUCACUGAAAACUCUGAGUUUCUUAACCCUGAAAUGAGGGAAACUCAGAGUUUUCCGUUUCACAAAGCGAGGUAACUUAACCCUGAGACAGAGGGGUAACUCUAGCCUGUUUCACAAAGAGGGGUAACUUCAACUCUCGGUCAGUUACCGCAGUAACAGACUCUAUGACUCUAACCUGGUCACCAGCAGGUUUAUCUGAGAAAACCUCCAGUUUCUCUCCAUCUCCGCCCUCUUUCAGCCACACGCUGUUUCAUUUCCUCAUUCAUUCAGUCAGUAAGCGAGCGAGUUUUGGUGUAGAACAGCUUUUAUUAACGAUCCAGUGGAUAAAGGAGCAGCAUUACUGCACAGAUCAUUAAAUAUUCGUCGGUAGAUUGUUAUCAGACCGAGCAUAAAUGUUCUCGCAUUUCCGGACAAUUAUCGGUUUGAGCGGUACCGUUUCAUAAUCGUUUCAAGUCCAUAAUCUACAUAAACAACCUAAUCCGUCCUUACAUUUACAUUACCAACCAGUCAUGCUCUCACAUCCAGCAGAUAUUGUGUGUUGCUGCGGUUCUUUGCAAAUGAAAGUUUUUAUAUGAUGUCAGAGAUGCAGAGUAAGACAACUGUAUGGAGGACAGUCAGAAAAGUUUUCCUGGCUCUGAAACGACUUUUACCAUCAUUGUGGUUUUCCUGGACAUAAACCUGUCAGAACAUCAAGGAGGAUCCACAGGAUUACAGGUGAAUGAUGUAGAGAUCUGUUAAAUUCAUUUUAAAUCAUAUUCUGUUAAUGACAUUGUGCUGCAGCCUCAGACUGGGAUUAGUCAUUUUAAUUUCUUUUAGGAUUUCCCAGUGUGAUUGGCUGCAUAGAUGCACACACAUCCCCAUCACAGCUCCCUCACAUCAUGAACAGGAAGUCCAUUCACAGCAUAAAUGUGCAGAUCAUAUGUGAUGCUGCAUACAUCAUUUCUAAUGUGGAGGCCACGUGGUCUGGGUCUGUUCAUGACUCCAGGAUUUAUGGAGAGUCUAACCUGAGCAACAGACUGCAGCGUGGUCAGCAGCAUAAAGAUUUUCACAAUAGAAUUCUCUUGUCUCCCUCCUUUAAUAUGCUCUGAUGUAUCCACUAUACAUUACAGGAGAAUUUGAUGGCCUUCUGCUGGGUGACAGGGGUUACCAUGACAACCCAGGCCGAUGACCUCAUACCCUAACCCUGAACCAGGCCCCCAACAGAACUUCAACCGGACUCACUGCAGGACCAGAGCCCGGGUGGAGAUGACCAUAGGCCUGCUGAAAGCCCGUUUCCAGAGCCUACGUCUCCUCAGGGUGACCCCUGAGAGGGCCUGUGAUAUUACUGUGGCAUGUGUUGUUCUUCAUAAUAUUACCACUAUUAGAGGAGAGCAACACCCUGCCCUACAAACUGAAGACCCAGAUGAUGAGCCCAUCCACCUGCAGCUAUCCAGGACAGCAGAGCAGUCAGAGACACCGUAUGCAAGAAUCACUUUAGAGUUUAAGUCUCCAUCAUCACCACCACAGCAAAUAAAGACAUGAUACACAUUUCA